GAAAAAGGACCGCUGCCAGGGUAGGGAUCUGCGCGAGCUCUGAGAAGUGCGCACGCGCACUGACCCCGGCGGGCCCUAGCAACCAGAGCAGUGACAGUAGCAACGGCCGGAAUGGCAAAAGCAACAACAAUCAAAGAAGCCCUAGCCAGAUGGGAAGAGAAAACCAGUCAGAAGCCAUCCGAAGCCAGAGAGAUAAAGCUGUACGCCCAGAUUCCCCCUAUAGAGAAGAUGGAUGCGUCCUUGUCCACACUUUCUAAUUGCGAGAAGCUUUCACUGUCUACCAACUGCAUUGAAAAAAUUGCAAAUCUGAAUGGCCUAAAAAACUUGAGGAUAUUGUCUUUAGGAAGAAACAACAUAAAGAACUUAAAUGGACUGGAAGCAGUAGGAGACACGUUAGAAGAACUGUGGAUCUCCUACAAUUUUAUUGAGAAGUUGAAAGGGAUCCAUGUAAUGAAGAAAUUGAAGAUUCUCUACAUGUCUAAUAAUCUGGUGAAAGACUGGGCUGAAUUUGUGAAGCUGGCAGAACUGCCAUACCUGGAAGACCUGGUGUUUGUAGGCAAUCCCUUGGAAGAGAAACAUUCUGCUGAGGGGAACUGGAUUGAAGAGGCUACCAAGAGAGUGCCCAAACUGAAAAAGCUAGAUGGUACUCCAGUAAUUAAAGAGGAUGAGGAAGAAGAUAACUAACACCACAUUUUCCACUUUGUGUUAACUUAUUUAAAUCUCAUAAGAACUAUAGAUAAGUUGUCUAUUUUAAAGAUUCUGUGUGGGGCAAAUGGUUCUUAAGAUAAAACAUAUCUCUUUUUUUCUCUUAACCUAUCCAGUAUUUCUCCCCCAAAAUGGUAACCCCAACUUUAAAUAUUGUAGUUUUCUUUUUAGAAACUACAAAUUUCUAAUUUUUGUCUUCAGUCCCAGUUAUGUACUAUAUGGCCCCAUCUACUGAAACCAUUAUAGACCAGUCAUUUUUAAUAACAAAGGAACAAAUAUGGUUCUUUAGUUUAGUUUUUUUUUUUAGGCCAGGCAUUUGAAUAUUUAUAUUUAACUUUUAGAUCAUAGGCCAUCCUUCCUAAAAGUCUGCCUCUUUAUAACUCAGAAGCACAAAUGUGUCAAGCCUUUGGUUUGGGAAGUGUUCCUCUUAGAAAUGCAGCAGCAGCCCUAGAAUCAAGACUGUAAAGUCCAGUCGGAAAAGCUAUGGUGAAAAAAGGAAAAAAUUAAUAUCUUGGAGGCCUUAUAGCCCAUGUUAUAUUUACUUAUUUGUUGUCCCCAAGGUGUGUGCAUUGUCAACUGGAAUUUAGGUUGUAUUUACCUGCAUGGUCACUCAAGUCCUGUGCAGUCAGCCAGUCAUUGCAUGAUUCGGGUCAGUGGUUAAAAUGACUGUCAUCAUCACUCCUUUGACUAAUACUUUGACCUUAUUACACAUAUAAUGUGAACCUGAUCUUAGGCACACUUUUUGCUUUAUAGUUUCUUAUAUGUUAGAUAAGGAAAUAUAUAAAAGCAGUAGUUAUAUUUUAAUUCCAAGCCUAAAUGUUGGCCAUUCAUUUUUGUCAAGAUCUGCCCUAAUAACUUCAGUCUGUUGACCCUCAUGUUGGGAGAAGUGAUUGUUAUAAGGGUAUAGACUUAAAGACUGGGUUCAGUACCUUUCAAUAAGCGGAAUUUAGUAUUUCAAAAUAUAUUUUUGAAAAGUUUAAAGUUAAACAGCUCUUAAAGUGAAUUAUGUUAAAUGGUUGUGGAGAGAAAAGAGAGAUUUCAUUAUGGAAUCCCAGGCAAAUAGCAGUAGUUUUGAGGAUUGCUUCUUCUGUGAAGCAUUGCAGGCGACUUAACCUUAAAAUUGCAAAGCAAUAGUUGCAUGGAGAGCUUAGAAUUUAUCAUAUAAGAAAAAAAUUGUUUUUGGAAAAUACAAGAUAAUGGUAGUCAGUAACCAGAUGAAGUCCGUAGCAGGCUGUGACUGAAUCACUGAUAGACUGCAAGAAAAAAGUCAAGCCCUCUGCCAAAUUGUGCCUAAAGUCCCUCAACCAGAGACUGUUGAUUCUUAUUUCUCCAUUUACUUGUGUAAAGCCAGUCAAAGAGGGGACAGUCAUUAAAAAAAAAAAAAAAAGAUUGCAUAAGCAGUCCUGGCUUUCAGAAGUUUUUAGCUGUCAUUUAAGUAGGAAUUACAUAAUUUCUCUGAGUCACUCUGAUCAAAAGGGACCACUGCUUUGACAAUCAAUUAUAAAUAAAAUUCCAACACUUUUUUAGCUUCCUUUUAGCUCUUCCUUACAAUCUUAUGGGAAGAAAUAUUUACUUUGACUGGCUUAUACAUUCAAAGCCUUUGGGUAUUUCUUUUGUGAACCAUAGGCAAUGAGAAUUCCCCUUGGUAAUAUUUAAGGCUCAUAAGCUAAGAGGGAAGACGAUCUUCUUUUCUUGUACUUUGCACUUCAUCUAGUAGAUAAGCUUGAAGCCAUAUUGCUAUGUAAGGAUAUAUUUUCUAAAAGUUACUCUGAAAGUGAAUAUAAUAGGGAAUGAAUGACUUCAUAUUGAAUUUAUUUAUAAAAUGACUUACAGUAUUGGUAUUUGGUUUUUCCGAAUUCUGUAAUAUAGAAUCUAAUCUCUCUGUCUCUCCUUGUUUCUUAAUGUCUUUUAAUCAUUGGUAAUUCUCAGAGAAGUGUAAGGUACUUUUCUGUGUCCAUUUCACACAAAAUUCAUAAUUAAGUCCCACUCAACAAAUAUUUGAAUGACUUCUGUGCAUCCUUUUCUUGGAAUUAAAGCCAGAAUCCAUGUCACCAGAUAAUGGAAGAUAAGGUACAUGAAGAAGUUCAGAAUAUUCUCUCAAAUCAUUCCUCAAAUCAUCCUUUACUGCUGCAGAUUUAGCUGAUAUUAAAUGCUUUUGGUUUAUGCUUCUUGGAUUAGAUAUUUGACCUACUUGGAAUGGAGUCUGUGCUCUUUGUUUAAAGCAUUAUGCCAUUUUAGUGGAUCAUUAAAUUUCUUCUAUUUUCAUAAUGAUAGAACCAGUACAGUAUUUUAAUUUUUCACAGGGAAUUUUAUUUAAUCAAGGAAUUCAACUAUCCUAUGUUCCCUAACUCUAAGCUUAUAUCUGUAUUACCUAAUCAGGUCUUGUAUGGUUUUCAUGUUCUCUGUUAAUAGGAGUUCGUUCCUUUAAACCAGAGUUUCUCAUCCUUGGCACUGUUAACAUUUGAGGUUGGAUAAUGUUGGGGGCUGUCCUGUGUAGUAUAGGAUGUUUUAGCAGCAUCUCUGGCUUUUACUCACUAGUUGCCAUUAGAACCCUCUCCCAAAUUGUGACAGCCAGAAAUGUCUUCAGACAUUGCCAUCUGUCCUCUGGGGCAGAGGUCUGGGAACAAAUUGGCCCCUGGUUAAGAACCAGUUCUUUAUAGCAACGUUCCUUUUGUCCAGGGUCCAUUUAUUUUCACUUUCUAGCCGUGAGCCACCUGAGUUAUUGUAUGGAAAGAAGGUGAUGUAUUUAAUAAUCAUGGAUGGAAGGAAAUGGUCACUGGUGUUUUCAUUUGUAAUGCUCAUUUUAAUAAUUUUUACAUAACACUAGAAACUCAGGGCUGGAAGGGUUCAACUUAUGUUUUCAGCAGGGUCUCAAUUUUUAUUAUUUAGCAUUCUUGCUUACCUUAGGACAGUAAUUAUUAACCUACCUCUCUCUUACUAUCAACAGAAUCCAACUUUAUGAUAGAUUUUGCUUUUUCUCUAAAGUUUAACAUUUUGAAUGUACUUUAGAAAAUGGAGUGUACAUUAUUCUUUAAAUGUUCAUCCUGUAAGUGUUCAUUCAUUGUCCAAUAAUGCACAAUUUUGCAGACUGUAGCAAUCAUUAAAUACAGAAAAAUGUUGUAUAAAACUUGGUAAUCAUAUAUGAACGUUAGCUGGUGUAGACACUGAUUUUGUAUGUGAUCAGAAGCAUGUCUGGUCAUGAUAACUGGCCGAUAACGUUGGCAUGGUUACUGGAUCUAUUCCACAAAUAGAGGUGAUAUAAGACACUUAAAUGUGGUUCCUGUGUAGUAAGAGAAAUUUUAUCUUGACUAGAUGUGUCUUCUGAUACUUCAGCGGUCUGAAGUAGAGUAAGGAGGAGUAAGAAAUGAAUCUUAACUGUUGACUUAUUCAGAGUUGGUGAUGUGUAAGUAGAGUUGAAGGUAGUUGUCUCCAUGACCCAGGAUCUUCCACCUGGAUUUUUUUACGGCUAAAUGGAAAGUGUAGGUCCUAGAAAGGUUGGAUUUAAUCAUUAUCUUUUAAAAACUAGGGGGAAGUGUUAAAGCAUCAGUCAUGAGUAGUUAGAGUCUCUCUAACUGCAGUCUGACUGUCAGUUCACAAAGACCUUAUGUAAGUGUUGGUAAAGGGAGGAGAAAACUAACUGCUAAAUUGAAAGUUAUCCUCUACCAGAAAUUAAUUCCUUUGGCAGACAUUUUCUUUAUUUGGGCUACUUAAUGUGUCUGUAAAUAAAUAUAAAAGAAGAUUCAGUGUAGUGGAGUUGGUGCUUCUGACACAGCUAACUUAACCAUAUUCCUUUAUCUUCACUUUAGCAUGGGUUUUUUUUUUAAACUAUAAAAUAAGUGCAAUAAGAAAAUUAAGGGUAUUUUUUUUAGAUCACUGAACUUUUAGAAAUCCCACAUCUGUAUCUCUAUUCCUGCCUUUUUAAAAACCAGUGACUGCAAA